GAGCUGUCAUUGAGAGGCGGGACUUCCGGCGCCACCAUUGCGGUCCUCAUUUUGCUGCUGGUGGGUUGGGCUACAGCAGGCCUCUGGAGCCAGACCAGGGCACGGGAGUGGGUCCAGGGACCGUCACCGCGCCUUCACACGCACCAUAGUGCCCGGCUAAUUACUCUGCUUUUAUGAGCCAAGGUGUUCCCGAAAGUGGAGCCAGCGCCACGCGUCUCCAGGGUCUCCAUACCCAGCCUUCGUCCCUGCGGUGCCCAGAGGCCUUGCGCGCAUUUUGCAUUAGGGAAGACAGGUCCUGAGUGCGACCGUCACCCAGCGGAAGUGUGAGGGUUCGGCCCAGCGGCAGGGCUAGCCCUGGCGCCUCCUGUUAUGGCCCUGCCCAGCCCACAGGUUCUAAUGGGGUUGCCAGCGUUGCUGAUGGGCCCGGCGCAGCAUACUUCUUGGCCCUGUGGCUCAGCUGUCCCCACAUUGAAGAGCAUGGUAACCUUUGAAGAUGUGGCUGUAUAUUUCUCCCAAGAGGAGUGGGAGCUCCUUGAUGCAGCCCAGAGGCACCUGUACCACAGUGUGAUGCUGGAAAACCUUGAGCUUGUGACCUCACUUGGUUGUUGGCGUGGAGUAGAGGGUGAGGAGGCCCAUCCCGAGCAGAAUGUUUCUGUAGAAGUGUUACAGGUCAGGAUCCCUAAUGCAGAUCCUUCCACCAAGAAAGCUAACUCCUGUGACAUGUGUGGGCCAUUCUUGAAAGACAUUUUGCACCUGGCUGAGCAUCAGGGAACACAGUCUGAGGAGAAACCCUACACAUGUGGAGCAUGUGGGAGAGACUUUUGGUUGAAUGCAAACCUUCACCAGCACCAGAAGGAGCACAGUGGAGGGAAGCCCUUUAGAUGGUACAAGGACAGGGACGCACUUAUGAAGAGCUCUAAAGUCCACCUGUCAGAGAACCCCUUCACUUGCAGGGAAGGUGGGAAGGUCAUCCUGGGCAGCUGUGACCUCCUCCAGCUUCAAGCUGUUGACAGUGGGCAGAAGCCAUAUUCCAAUCUUGGGCAGCUUCCAGAAGUCUGUACCACACAGAAACUCUUCGAGUGCAGCAACUGUGGAAAAGCCUUCCUGAAGAGCUCCACUCUCCUCAACCAUCUGAGAACUCACUCUGAAGAGAUACCAUUUACAUGCCCAACAGGUGGAAAUUUCUUAGAGGAGAAAUCAAUCCUUGGUAAUAAAAAAUUUCACACUGGGGAAACACCCCAUGUGUGUAAGGAGUGUGGGAAGGCCUUUAGUCACUCAUCUAAGCUGAGGAAGCACCAGAAAUUUCACACUGAAGUAAAAUAUUAUGAGUGCAUUGCAUGUGGGAAAACCUUCAACCACAAACUCACAUUUGUUCAUCAUCAGAGAAUUCACUCAGGAGAAAGACCUUAUGAGUGCGGUGAAUGUGGGAAAGCCUUCAGUAACAGAUCACACCUCAUUCGGCAUGAGAAAGUUCACACUGGAGAAAGGCCUUUUGAGUGCCUGAAAUGUGGAAGAGCCUUCAGCCAAAGCUCCAAUUUCCUUCGGCAUCAGAAAGUUCACACACAGGUAAGACCUUAUGAGUGCAGUCAAUGUGGUAAAUCCUUCAGCCGAAGCUCUGCUCUCAUUCAGCACUGGAGAGUUCACACUGGAGAAAGACCGUAUGAAUGCAGUGAAUGUGGAAGAGCUUUUAACAAUAACUCCAACCUUGCUCAGCACCAGAAAGUUCACACCGGAGAACGGCCUUUUGAGUGCAGUGAAUGUGGAAGAGACUUCAGCCAAAGCUCCCAUCUCCUUCGACAUCAGAAAGUUCACACUGGAGAACGGCCUUUUGAAUGCAGUGAUUGUGGUAAAGCCUUUGGUAAUAGCUCCACCCUCAUCCAGCACCAGAAAGUACAUACUGGGCAAAGGCCUUAUGAGUGCAGCGAAUGUAGGAAAUCCUUCAGCCGCAGCUCCAGCCUGAUUCAGCACUGGAGAAUUCACACUGGAGAAAAGCCUUAUGAGUGUAGUGAGUGUGGGAAAGCCUUCGCUCACAGCUCCACUCUCAUUGAACACUGGAGAGUUCACACAAAAGAAAGGCCUUAUGAGUGCAAUGAAUGUGGGAAAUUCUUUAGCCAAAACUCCAUUCUCAUUAAGCAUCAGAAAGUUCAUACUGGAGAAAAGCCUUAUAAAUGCAGUGAAUGUGGGAAAUUCUUUAGCCGAAAAUCUAGCCUUAUUUGUCACUGGAGAGUUCACACUGGAGAAAGGCCUUACGAAUGCAGUGAAUGUGGGAGAGCCUUUAGCAGUAACUCCCACCUGGUUCGUCAUCAGAGAGUUCACACACAAGAAAGGCCCUAUGAGUGCAUCCAGUGUGGAAAAGCCUUUAGUGAAAGAUCUACACUUGUUCGGCACCAGAAAGUUCACACCAGAGAAAGGACUUAUGAGUGUAGCCAGUGUGGGAAACUCUUCAGCCAUCUUUGUAACCUUGCACAGCAUAAAAAGAUUCAUACCUGAGUGGAGCCUUAUGGAAGUGGUCUUUGUGAGAAAAUCUUCAUCCAAGUCAAACUUCAUGCAGCAGAAUCCUCAUACCAGAAAAGUUACCUACAUGUACUGCUAAUGUGGAAAAGCCUUCAGAAGCUACUCUGUUUCUGACCAGCCCAGGAAGCUUUGCAGGGCCAUCUCACCCAUGCAGCAUAAGGCAGAAGCCAUAGUCACUUUCCAUCUUGCCUGGAUCCAAAAAUUUGCAGCAGUCCUGUCCUCAUGCAUGGGGAAAACAGUACCCUGAGCCUUCCUUCCUGUGUCCUCUAGGGAUUCAGGACUGUGCUCAGCUCAAUGGAAUGGUUUAAUUCCCAUUGCCUCUGAGAGGGUUAGGCAGUGAACUGAACCGAUGCUGGUUGAGGGGCCUUGAGGGAAAUCUAAUUUGAGCUCAGGAAGAUGCACAUUCCUUGUGGAUGUGGUCAAGUCUGUGUUUAACCCCUAAGAUGUGUCCACUGAGGCCACAAAUCGCCCUCCACUGGAAUCACCUACCUUGCCUGUACUAACUGGUGAUAAUAAAGACCUUAUUGAUCAGGUCA